AUGGCCUCCGACCUAUCGCAGCUGACUUUCAUGGCAAAAAGCACCAGCAUGCAGGACCACAUUCACGCGAACGACAAGAGCUAUUCUCUCGUCGUCGUGAACUCCGCUCUCAAUGUCUUCAAGCAGCCCGCGAUGCUUGGCGAUCACGACGACUCGCAGAAGCUCGGCAGUUCGCACGGCUACUUAUUGGCAAGCUCAUCGGUCGACGCCGUCGCAAUCAUCGCAAAUUCGCACGACGACGACGUUCCGAAGGAGAAAGGUUUUACAAGCUUUCUCGGCCCGGCUGUUCUGGUGGCUGGAAUUGCAGUGGACGUCCCCUCGCUCAGGUUCAACGUUCACUUUGAUUACCUGUGUCACCUUCUCGUCGAAUACGAUUUGAAGCAGACUCGUCGGUGGAUUCGAAAGGGUGCCAAUCGCCGCGCUGACUUCGACGACCUGGCGACCCCCAUCGGCCACCCCCUCGUCGCGUGCUCGCAGUUCCAGGACGACGGCGCGAAGAAACGCUGGGCGUUGUGGGUCCUCCACGUGAGCAUCAUCGCCCCUCGCGUGGUGGGCCUGGUGGUGCCGCAGCCGGAGGUGGACCGAGGCACGCUCUACGCUGCCCUCGCCGUGGCUUCGCUGCUGGUGCACCUCUCCGCAGGGGCUAGCCGAUGGCCUACGACGGACUGCCAGAUCUCCAUCAGCGUUGAUGCGGGCGUGUGCGCCCUCAUCACAAUCGGCUUCAUAUUUGAGCGCGUUGGAGGGCGCCUCGGCCCGGUGGGCCUCUGGGCCCUCCUGCUGCCCCUGGCCUCCCCGGGCUGCGUGCUCGCGGCCUUCUGCGCGCUCGAGCACGGAGCCUGGCCCAAGCUGAUCACCAGGGUCCAGCUGCAUGUGGCGAUGGUCUGCCGGGGGAGGGACGGCAAGGCGCCCGACGCAGCCACCUGGAUGAAUCUCGGGUACUGGAAGGAGGGGAUUGGCAGGGGCAGCUGGUGAAAUCUACAUUAUGCAGCUGCGAGCGCGGCGGUGGCUACGCCCACCUGCCGCGUUUCAGCUUGAAGGCAUUGGCCUAUCGCCUCCGAAGCCUCUCGAUUACUGCUUCGCCUGGCGGGCAGGUUCGGUUGCUUCGGCUCGUCCCAGGCACGGCUUCGAAGAGCGCUCGAAGCAGGUCCAGGCCAGGGAUCCAUUUGCACCGACUCGCC